ACGGUGCAGCACACUGUGCCAGACCGGAGUGAACCGUGCACUGGACCGGAUCGUCUUUUGCCAGUGUCCGUCGUCGUAGUUGAACCGCACGUGCGACCAGUUUGUGAAAACAUUUCUCGACAUUCGCGUUCCAUCAACUUUCCACGUCCGUCGGCUGGGACGGUUAUUAUAGGAAUUUGGCAAGGUUGCUGAUCCUCAUUGACGACCGCAGUUGUGGCCAUAACAACUAGCGAUCGACAAAUGUGAGCAGAAGGAGCUGACGUCUACACAUAGGUUUUCAACCCAGGAAGGCGUGAAGGAAACGGGUAGUAGGGGUAGAGGAAAUAGCAUGUGCGAUCGUUAAAGUAUCUUUCGAUGUGAGAAGAAUGAAACUGGGAACCUCGAACCGCGUUGAAUAACUAAUUUGAGUGUGAGUGUUUUUGGAAUAGGUAAAAUGAAUGUGAAGUAUUUGCCACUCGUCGAGUAAGUGCAGUGAAAUAAUGAAGUCAUCGUCAUUCAAAAUGGGCUGAUCGGUUUUGCGUAAAAAUGUUGCUCACGUUGUAACCGAAUUGCCUCCACAUGCGUCACUAAACGGAAGAUCCGUCCGUGCCAGUGCAUCUUUUUCCUGUUUGCGCGUUUCGUUGAUUGAUUGGUGGUUUUUGAAAGCAUAUCAUCAUUAUAACUGACUAUACGCACGAAGAGGAAGCACUCGCGUGUGGCCAGAGAACGGCAAGAAUCUGGAAAAUUUGAAAUUAAUACCCGGCGAAGGAUAGACAAAUUAGCAACAAAUAGCACAGCACUGCCGUCUCGACGGUCGACUGUGGCGGCUCUCAACGGUACCAGGAAGGAGAACGAAAAACCAGCAGAAGAAUGGACGACAAUGAGAACUAUUUGGAGUAUCCAAAAAUGAACUUUUCCCAGUUCUCGUCGCCAUUUGGCGGUGCCUUGGCAGCGAACCAGUUUACCACGGCCAAAUUUCCGCAGAAUCUCGCCACGGCCAAUGGGCAGGUCCUCGGUUUGGUAUCCGGUGGCGAUGCAGGCAUGCAAUUUCUGCGUCCGAUGGAUGGGAAUGCGAUGGCAGCGGCCUCUGCAUUCCAACAGCAGCAGCAACAGUUGGCAGCGGCUGCUAAUAUGCAACAAGCCACACCUGCCUACAUCACCCUGCCGAUAACGAUGCCCGGUGCGAAGCCUGGUGAUGCCCAGCAGACGGUACAGAUCCAGGUGUUGAAUCCCAAUCCCAUGCCUCAACCGACUCAGCAGCAACCUAAAUUCCAAAUGAGCCAGAUGCAAAUACCCAUCCAAGGAUUCCAGCAAGGAACCACCGUCCUCACGGUUGCCUACGGUCCCCAUGACGAAGAAAUUGUACACAACCACGGUCUUGCGGAGGGCAUGACGAUAGUUGCCGCUCUACAACCCCAGGACCUGCAACUCUUAGCACAAGCUCAAAAUGCCUCGCUUUUCCAGCAUCAACAACAACAACACCACCAACAGCAGCAGCAGCAACAGCAACAGCAGCAGCAGCAGCAACAACAACAACAACUACAACAUCAAAGCCAUGAUUCGUCUAUCCAUCCUACGAUAAAGGUGGAACAAAGUCUAUCGCCACCGAUAAGGUCAAUCAAGCAGGAGGCAGUCUGGAAUAACAUCCCCAACCUGACGGCUGCUCCAGCGUUCGGUGCAGACAUUGCAGAAUUUCUGCAACAGCGAAGUCAGGGACUCAAUCUACAACCGUUCCUUAAGUUCAACAACAACAACAACAACAACAAUAAUAAUGAACCGAAUGUACCUUUAGCCCAUGGAGACCACCUGAUCGGCGGUUCCAUACCCAACACCCCUGGGACCACUUUUAUUAAGCGCGAAAUCAUCGACGAGAACUCCAACGACAAUACUCAGUUUGGCGCGGAUAGCAGCCAGGCUGACAGUAGUUUCAAGGAUGCCAGCAGUAUAUCCGGCGACACCACCUGUAGCCACCACAACGAAUCCGCCUCGACACCGACGACAACGGCUGCGGCCGCCACUUCGACGACCGGUACGCCGGGCGAGGAUGGCGUGCCGAUCGGUUCGGGAAAAGCUCGAAAGAAACGAAAGUACAAAUCGAAACCUCCGAAGCCGAAACGGCAAAAGCCGGGACAAGUGCAUAUUACCACGGCGCUCGACGGGACGGUCCUGUUCUGCUGCCCCGAGUGCCACAUGGCCUAUCCGGAGAAAGAGUGCCUUGAACAGCACCUUGCGGUGCACAAAAUCGAGCGGAGGUUCAUUUGCGACAUCUGCGGCGCGGGUCUGAAGCGGAAGGAGCACCUGGAACGGCACAAACUGGGUCACAAUCCGGAACGGCCGUACAUCUGCAGCGUAUGCAUGAAAGGUUUCAAGCGGAAGGAGCAUUUGAAUUUGCAUUUUGUCAUACACAGCGGGGUGAAAACGGAGAUCUGCGGCGACUGUGGAAAAGGUUUCUACCGCAAAGACCACCUCCGGAAGCACAUAAAGUCCCACAUGACCAAACGGUUGAAAGAGGAAAUGGCUGCCAACUCGUCGAACCGGAGCAACAGUAGCAAUAAUAAUCCCACAAGCAACGGUACCAGCAGCAAUACCCCGAACAAUAACAACCACUCGGACAACAGUGUCUCGACGACAUCUGGCACGGUGCCUGUCCCGCUGUCCCUACCGGCGGGCAUUCCACCCGGGUUGACAAUAACUACUAGUACAAAUUCCAUGUCGAAUCUUAACCCGCCUCAUCCUCAGCCUUCGCCCUUAACGCAGAGCAUCUGCCUACCCCAAGGCGUUACGAUACACGUUCCCACGGCAGACAACCAGACCCUGCCGGUGCAAAUCUCCCUGCCCCAGUUGAUCGCCCAGCAGCAAACGGCAUCGGACGGCACAACCAGCACGGUGCUGGUUCCAGCGUCGGAAGCCCUACCGCAACUCGCAACCGGUGCUCAAUAGCAAUAGCACCCGCUGAUGGUCGUCGGAUACUGAACCCGAGCACCGAGCGAUCAUCAGCU